AGCCGUCGCGUUGGAGACGGCGGGCUCGGAGUUCCAAUCCCCCCUCCCUCCCCCCGCAGUGGGGGAGCCCCCGCGCGGCGGUGAGAGGGGCCGGGGGUGCGUGCGGGUCCCCUCAGAGCGCCCCGAGGGGCCCCGCGGCCUGGGGGCUGCGCGGUACCGGCGCCGCCGCUCCCGGGGACAGUGGCGCCGCUGGGAGAGGGCACCGCUCCCUCUGCCCUUUCCCCGGCCCUGGGUGAGGGGGAGUCCUGCAGCCCGAGGCUUCCAGCUGUGCUGCAGGAGCUGGGAUGAAGUAGUGGCCUGAGGACCCCGCGCCUUAACAUAAAAAGGAAAGACGGUGGAAUCGAUGGUGGUGUGCGCUCCUGGCUGUUCGCUAUGGCAGCCACGGACCCCCAGGUCCUGGCCUUGGCUGCUCAGAUCACUGAGAGCAGAGAACAGGACAUCCCCCUGCUGCUGCUGAAGUUAAAGGGAAUUUUAAGCAGUCCUUCCUUAGGAUGUGAAGAAUCAAAUAAAAUUAAGCAAGAUAUAUACGAUUAUGGUCUUACUCAGUACUGCCUGCUGGUCCUUAAGCAAGACCACUCUCAGCUGCAUGGAGCCUGGGCUACUGCUGCCCAGCUAGCAGAGAUACUAAGUCAUUGUUGUGUAGGGCUAGAGGUGAAAGAAGAUCCUGAGGAAUUUUACAGGAAGUUUCUUCCUUCAGUUAUAGACAGCCUGCUGGUUUUGGGGAAACGCUUGCAAGCACGAUUUAUCCGAGCAAUCAAGGAUAAAGAAAAACAAGACUUUUUACACUGGUUCCAAAUAGUAACUGAUGCCAUCUGCUGGCUGUUCGGUGGGCAUAUCCAACUAGCAGCACAUGUACUACAAAAUGAUCGCUUCCUGCAGUUGUUAAUAACAGAUAAUGUUGAAACAGCAAUUGUCAUGAUGUCUGUGUUACACAAUAUUUUGAGGAUCGAUAGUUCUGUCUUGCUUCAAGUUGAAGAAGAGACCCUUCACUCUCUCUUGGAUGAACUUGUUUAUAAGCUGUCCUCUACCACCAAUCCUGCUGUUGGAAGUGCUGCCACAAAACUGCUGUUAUUAGUGGCAAAAUCUUGCAAACAGCUUGUGCAGUUACUCACAGCUCGCUACAAAGGAUUAAAAGGGCUUUUAAGUAAACAGUGGACUGGCAAAGGAUUUGACAGGGAGGUCAAUCAACUCUUGGACCUGAUGUAUUUGGAACAAUCCAGUGGAAAAGGAGAAAUGCAGAAGCGGCAUGAAGCAGCUUGUGUAAUCCAGGCAGCAUGGUGGGGAUUUCAGACAAGGAAAAGGCUAAAAAAGCUACCCCAAGCAGUGGUGACUUUACAGAGAAGCUUCAGAGCUAAACGGGAACAGGAGCUGCAGCAUUUAACAAAACAGAAGGAAGAUGAAGCUCUAAAACUGCAAAUGCAACUUCAGAGACAGAGGGCCAUGAGACUCUUCCAUGAACGACAGCUGGCCUUACUGGAAGUUGUCCAUGCCAGUCAGUUGAAUAAAUACAUGCAGGAAAUGGAGGAGAAAUCAGCAUUAACUAUCCAGAGAUUCUGGCGAGGGUAUAGAGCAAGAAGAAUUUUUCAUCAGCAGAAACAGUCUCUUAAGGAGUAUAAGGCAGCUGUCAUCAUUCAAAGAGCAGCUUGUAAAUUCUUGGAGAAACGAAGGAGGAGGAGACCUCUCUCUCCUUGGAAAGAACCCAAGGGACUGACUGAUGAGCAGAGACUGGCUUUGCAGCAGAAGGUGGAUGACUACAUCAAAUUGCAUCCGGCUUCCCAAAUGUCAGAAGAAAGGAGUAAAGAAUUGCAUGUGCAGGCUCAGGCAAAGCUGGCACAGUUCCUGUUGAGGAACAGGCUGGAUCAGAGAGCGGCGCAGCGGAGAGAGGCUUUGCUGGCUCAGGUCAACACCGAUGUGGAGCUGCUAAUGAAUGCUCCAGGUUUAGCAGAGACCACAGAAAAAGAUUUUGGUGCCUUUAUGAGUCGAUCAAUCCCUGUAGCUACCAAGGCAAGACAAGCACACAACACUAUGCUAAGAUACACUCGUUGGCCAUGGUGGAAGAAGCUUGGAGAUGAGUUUAUGGAGGAUGAUGCAAUUCCUGAUGAUGCUAUAAACACAGAACUGGAAACUCUGUUUAUUGGAGGAAGGAAAUCCUUUUAGGUAACAAGCAGAAGAAUUUCAUAUUCAACGAGACUCAUAUCUAGCACUAUGCACUCACUUGUGUAUUUUUAAGGAAGGAAAACAUUUGAAAAAGACUGAAAAAGACCAAAGCCUUAUUUUAGCACAUUUUACUUAAUAAGAAUCCCUUCCUGUACAUCAAGAGUUGGAUCCUAUUGAUUGUGCUGUUGCAAAUAGGAUUUAAAUACUGUAGUUUUAAAUGAACAUAUUUUGUAAUUUGUAUCACUUUAAAAGUAAGUUCAUAAC